AUGACUUCUACUGAAUUUCUUCCUAGAGUCUGUACCUUUGUGAAUUUUGCUCGAGUCCGGCCUAAUCCUGCAUCUUCAAUUUUUUCUUCUCAACGACUCUCUAGAUUUGGCAGGGCAAUGUCCGCAACAAUCGCACAGUCGGACCCAUUUCGGCCAGCUAACAGAGUAGCUGGUCAGCGACAGGAUGUUUGGUCCAUUAUUAACGAGGCAGCCGCUGCUUCACCCAUUCAGCCAAUUGUGAAUAUGGGCCAAGGGUUCUUUGGCUAUAACCCUCCCCAGUUUGCAAUUGAUGCUGCUAAGGCUGCGCUCGAUCGAGUGGAGUGCAACCAGUACUCGCCGACGAAGGGCCGGCCUACUCUCAAGAAGGCUCUUGCGGACGCAUAUUCGCCCCACUUUGGCCGAACAUUGAACCCCGAUACCGAGAUCUCGAUUACCACCGGAGCGAAUGAGGGAAUGCUGAGUGCAUUCAUGGGCUUUAUUGAGCCUGGUGAUGAGGUUAUCAUCUUCGAGCCGUUCUUUGACCAAUAUAUCAGCAAUAUCGAGAUGCCUGGCGGUGUCAUUCGAUAUGUCCCUCUUCACCCUCCCAAGGAUGGUGCUACGAGGACCUCUCCUGCUUCUGAGUGGGUUAUUGAUUUCCAGGAGCUAGAGAACACCAUCAACUCCAAGACUAAGAUGAUUGUCUUGAACACACCUCACAACCCCGUUGGCAAGGUUUUCUCACGCGAUGAACUUGAAAAGAUCGGAGCUCUGGCCGUGAAGCACAAUCUGAUUAUCCUAUCUGAUGAAGUUUAUGACCGUCUUUACUACGUUCCUUUCACCCGAAUUGCCACUCUGUCUCCAGAGCUGUACGAGCGCACCCUCACAGUCGGCUCUGCUGGCAAGGCCUUCUACGCUACCGGAUGGCGUGUCGGUUACCUGAUCGGACCCGAGCACUUGAUCAAGUAUGUCGCAGGUGCACACACUCGAAUCUGCUACAGCAGUGUCUCUCCCCUCCAGGAGGCUGCCGCUGUUGCAUUCGAUAAGGCAGACAAGGUUGGAUUCUGGGACGAAAGUCGAAACGAAAUGCAGCAGAAGAUGAAGCGAUUCUGUGCAGUCUUUGAGGAGCUUGGCAUUCCGUAUUCCGACCCCGAAGGUGGAUACUUCGUGUUGGCCAAUAUGACCUCCGUUCAACUCCCAGCGGACUAUCCCUUCCCGCCCCAUGUUGCCAGUCGUCCUCGCGACUUUAAGCUUGCCUGGUUCCUUAUCCAGGAGGUCGGUGUGGCCGCCAUUCCUCCGACUGAGUUCUACACUGAAGAAAACGCUCACAUUGCUGAGCACUAUCUCCGUUUUGCUGUGUGCAAGAAUGAUGAUGUCCUGGAGGACGCGAAGACGAGAUUGAGGGGUCUGAAGAAGUAUAUCACUCAGUGA